GUUCACUUUCAUUCACUCUGUACUUAGCCUGACAAAGGUCUCCGCCGCCGACGAUUGCGAUUCCCUUUUUUUCGCCGUUGUUGGAACCCGUAGAGGUGGAAUUUGUGUUUCCUUGAGUGUUUACUUGUUUGAUGAUGGAUACCACUGUAAAUGAGCUUCUUACAAGGAAAAAAGCUGUUCAGAGCCAUCAGAUUAGGAGUGGUUUGGUUGCAUCGGUACCUACGAAUCAGCAAGAAAAGGCUCAGGAUUUCUCUUCGCAGCAACAGCAACAUUUUCCAAGUAAGAAUCUUGAAUCUGGUUUGAGCUUUGCUGACAAAGUUGGUGAGAAGAGAAAGAGGAAUGAUGAGUCUGGUGUAAUGGUUAACACUGAGACUGGAAGUAAGUCUGAAGAUAUUAUUGUGAAUCUUAGUAAAAUUGGCAAUAGAAUUGUGGCGGAGAAUUUUGGAGGUGCAAGAGAAGAGUCUGGAAGCGGAAAGCAACUCCUUGAGGUAGAAACAUUGCCAAAUGCCAUGAAAAAGAAUGGUCAAGUGAGAGCUGCAUUGGGGAACUCUCAGAAUCUUGAGGCAGAUAACAAGUCUGGUUUAUGUCAUACAAGUUCAACAGUUGCAGUACAACCAAAGACUUCUGGUCCAAAGUUUAACGACUUUGAAAAGCUCCGGGAACAAGUUAACUUUGCUGUUGGUCAGACCUGGGCUCUUUAUGACACAGCGGAUGGACUGCCUAGAUUGUAUGCUCAGAUCAAGAAAGUUUCAGCUCCUUCCUUUGGGCUUCGGAUCACAUAUCUAGAGCCAGAUCCAGAUGAUGAGAAAGAGAUCCAAUGGUUUGAAGAAGACUUGCCUGUUUCUGUUGGUAAGUUCAGGCUUGGGGAAAAUCAGAACACCAAAGAUCGUUCCAUAUUUUCACAUGUUAUUCAUUGCAAUGAACUAAGCAACAUUCGUUGUUUCAGCAGAAGUUGUUAUUCCUUCAACAAUCGUCAUUUUAGUGUAUCCCCUAGAAAAGGCGAGACUUGGGCACUAUUCAAGAACUGGGAUAUUAAGUGGUGUUCAGAGCCAGAUUUUCACCGCAAAAAUGAGUAUGAGUUUGUCCAGAUUCUGUCAGAUUACGCUGAUGAAGUUGGUGUAUAUGUUGCAUACUUGCAUAAAGCCAAAGGGUUUGCUAGUGUGUUUUUCCGAAUGGGAACUGGUUAUGAAGGCAUAUUUCGUAUAUUACCUCGCAGCUUGUAUCGGUUCUCCCACAGAGUUCCUUCCUUCAAACUGACUGGAGUUGAAGGAAAUGGUGUGCCAAAAGAUGCUUACGAGCUGGACCAAGCUGCGUUACCAGAAGAAGCAAUCGAGGAGAUUAUCGUGCCUUCAAACUCUGAGAGUGAUAUAAAGUCUAAACGUCAAGCCAUCUACUUUGCUAGCAAGGGGAAGGUUUUUCAGACUGGCCAGAUUUGGUCAUUUUACAGUGGUUAUGAUGAUUUGCCUCUGUACUAUGGUAGGAUUCAGAAGAUCACUUUUACUCAGGCAUUUAAGCAGGAUCCACAAAUCAAACUACACAUAGGUCGGCUAAAGAGUACAAGGUUUCCUAAGGAUGUUAUCGCCUGGGAAGAUGGGCAAAUGCCUGUUGGUUGUGGAACAUUCUACGCAAGAAAAGUUCUAGAAAUAAUCACCCCAAAAGAGGUUUCACAUCAGAUGAUUCCUUCAACCUCCAUGGAUGGCACUGAGUAUACCAUUCUCCCCAAGAUUGGUGAAGUUUGGCCUGAAUCUAGGUUCUCGGGUGCCGUUUAG